GCAGGGCCCACCAUGUUGCACAGGCUGGGCUGGCUGCUGUUCUACAGUCUCGUGGUACUGCUGCUCAGCUGUCUGCUCUUUCUGAAGAAGGAGGCCCCCCUGGCAGGGGACCUCAAGACCCACCAACYCUUCUGGAAACCCUCUGGGGCUCACCACAGCCAGUGCCUACCCAAUCGCACAGUGGCUAGCACUUCCCUAUCCCUGCCUGGUCGUCACYGCCUCUUCUUGACUUAUCGCCACUGCCGAAAUUUCUCCAUCCUGCUGGAGCCUUCAGGCUGUGCCAAGGACACCUUCCUGCUCUUGGCCAUCAAAUCACAACCUGGUCACGUGGAGCAACGUGCAGCUAUCCGCAGCACUUGGGGCCGAGCAGGGAGCUGGGUUAGGGACAGGCAGCUGAAGCUGGUGUUCCUACUUGGACUGGCAGGGCCCACACCCCCAGCUCAGCUGCUGGCCUAUGAGAGUGGAGAGUUUGAUGAUAUCCUACAGUGGGACUUUGCAGAGGAUUUCUUCAACCUAACCCUUAAGGAACUGCACUUACAGCGCUGGGUGGCAAGUGCUUGUCCUCAUGCCCACUUCAUGCUUAAGGGAGAUGAUGAUGUCUUUGUCCAUGUCCCCAAUGUGCUAGAGUUCCUGGAUGGCUGGGACCCAGCCCAGGACCUCCUGGUGGGAGAUGUCAUCCACCAGGCCCUGCCCAAUAGGAACACCAGAGUCAAAUACUUCAUCCCACCCUCCAUGUAUAAGGCACGCCACUACCCACCCUAUGCUGGGGGUGGAGGCUAUGUCAUGUCCAGAGCCACAAUGAGGCACCUCCAAGCAGCCAUGGAGGGGACUGAGCUCUUUCCUACUGAUGAUGUCUUUGUGGGCAUGUGCCUGAAGAAGCUGGGGGUACACCCCACACACCAUGCUGGCUUUAAAACAUUUGGAAUACGGCAACCUCUGGACCCUUGCCUAUAUAGAGGGCUCCUGUUGGUACACCGCCUGAAUCCUCUGGAAAUGUGGACCAUGUGGGCACUGGUGACAGACAAGGGGCUCAAGUGUGCAGCUACCCUCAAGCUUCAGCACUGA